AGCAUUGGAGUCAACAUGGGCCAGCAUCCCUGUGAAACGCUUUGGACACCUUGUAGACUCCAUGCGCGACGAACUGAGGACAAGGUAUUAUUCAUGUUUAGGAAGGCUUCAAAUAAACUCUUGGUUGAUCCCAAACACUCAAAGGCGCUAUAUUUCACGCUAGGUUACAACCUCAAAGCGAAAGAGACAUCGAGACUCCACCCACCACUCUCAUGCUGAGGCUGCAUGAAAAAGGCUUCUGACAAUGUGAGACGACACCGAAUGUGCAGCUUUCAUGAAUCUGAUUUCAAACAGCGCUGUGAAACCGGACCACUGCCCACACAGCUCGGUUAACGGAGGAAAAAACGGACACUAGCCUGCCUUCUAAAACAAUGAAGACUGGCACAUUUCCUAGGCCCUCCGGCUGUCAUCUCUGCUGUGUCCCGGCUUCUGACUGCUGAUUGGAGCUGGCCUGGUGUGCGUAUAGGUGUGUGAGAGAUUGUAAGGAGAUGAAGUCCAGUAUGCAUCAGUGGCGGAGGCUGCUGUUGGUGGGCAUGUUGGUGUGGGCCCUCCUUUUCCUGGCUCUGCUCUCCUACUUCCUGGAUACCCCCGUGUACAACGAGCCCCUGACCUCGGCCAGCUCCUCGCUCUCCCAGCACCCCGACACACGGCGCCUGGCCUCCAUCCAAGGCGCCUCCCACCGGCAGCACCGCUCCAUCAGGGGCUCCCAGCCCGAACCAACCUACACCACCUUUACCACAGCCUAUCCAGACCUUAACCAUUACCCAGACUCAGAGCCUAGCUCCUCCUCCACCAACCCUGAGCCUGGCCUGGAGCUGAGCUACGGGACCAGCCAAGAGACGGAGGGGGGCAGCCGCCAGCAGCAGGACUACCUGGACGCCCAGACCCUGGCUGCCUGGUCCUCCUCUAGCACGGAGAACGUGGGUUCCCACUCCGACCAGACGGUGACUCGAAACAGUGAGAGACCUGCCUGGACUGCCUCCGACGCCAGCCGGGGGCCCAACCAAACCACACGCCGGUCCUCACGUGAGGAUGAAAAGGAUGAGGAGGGGGUAGAGACGAACAACAGCCACAAGAGGAGGACCACGGUGGGGGAUCAUGGGGGGGAGAGGCGAGGAAAAGAAGAGGAUGGUUUAGAGGAGGACUACUCCUCCAAGUCUGCCUCACUGGUGCAGCGACUCUGGCGGGGAAAAGUGUCCUCUGGGAUGCUGUCCCCGCGACUGCAGCACGCCAAGCGGGACUACCUGAGCGCCAACAAGCACCAUGUAACCUAUAAAGGAGGCCGGCGGGCUGCUCAGAGCUCCAGGGAACUACUGUGUGAGCUGAAGGACCAGGCCCGGCUGAGGACGCUGGACGGGUCCGAGCAGCCUUUCUCUUCACUGGGCUGGGCCCGCCUGGUACCGCGCCUGGCCCUGGAGAAGCUCUACAGACAAGGGGGCCAGAGAGGCUUUAGGAGCUGUGCUGUGGUGACCUCUGCUGGGGCUAUUUUGCACUCAGGCCUGGGGAAGGAGAUCGAUUCCCAUGAUGCAGUUCUGCGGUUCAACACAGCACCUACAGAGGGCUAUGAAAGGGACGUGGGGAACAAGACCACCAUCCGCAUCAUUAACUCGCAGAUCCUGACCAAUCCUGAUCACCGCUUCAACACCAGCUCCCUAUAUAGGAACGUGACCCUGGUAGCCUGGGACCCUGCUCCGUAUGCUGUCAACCUACACAAGUGGUAUGCCAGUCCAGACUAUAACCUGUUCAGUCCGUACGUGGAGCACCGGAAGCUCCACCCCACCCAGCCCUUCUACGUCCUCCACCCCAAAUAUUUGUGGCAUCUCUGGGACGUGAUCCAGGGCAACACCCAGGAGACCAUUCAGCCCAACCCACCCUCCUCUGGGUUUAUAGGCAUCCUCCUGAUGAUGGCGCUGUGCGAAGAGGUCCACGUGUACGAGUACAUCCCCUCGCUGCGGCAGACAGACCUGUGCCACUACCACGAGCGCUACUACGACGCUGCAUGCACCCUGGGGGCGUACCACCCGCUGCUCUAUGAGAAGAGUCUGGUGCAGCGCAUCAACACAGGCCCUGUGAGAGACCUGAAGAGGAAGGGCCGUGUCACCCUCCCCGGCUUCAACACCGUCAACUGUGAACUCUGAACUAGGAAGCCACACAUGGAACCACCAUGACUCCACGCGUCUAAGGGAAAACGGUGCAAUAAGAACCCUCUGGACUCUGACCUUAGGGGGAACCCGGAGGCAACCAUGUAGAACCACGUAGAACAGUGGAGAACCUAAGCCAUAGCCCCUCUGUGUGGGAUGGGAUCAAACCGGAGGGUACAGCUCUAGUCUAACUACAUCUAAGUCAGGAUUUAUCAACAGAACCCACAUCAGUCAAAACCUUGCCUUCCUCACAGGCAGGGUUGGGAACGUUACUUUCCAAAUGUAAUCAACAGUUACUAGUUACCUGUCAAAUUGUAAUCAGUAACGUAAUUUUUGGGAUUACCCAAACUCAGUAACGUAAUCUGAUUACGCUCAGUUACUUUUGGAUUACAUAGAAGACAAAAGGAUCCAUCAAAUGCAUUUGGUGUGUCAUCAUAGUGGUCUUUGAUUGGUGGUCAUCAUUUGGUGUAUCAUCAUAGUGGUCUCUGACUUGUGGUCAGACUCGCUCAGGUGGAACAAACUUAAACAACGCUUAAUUGAAUGUCACUGAGAAAACGGAAAGGUGUCGUAAUGUAUUUUUUCGCAAACAUCCUUUCUAAAUUUAAAAGUAAUCCAAAAAGUAAUGAGCUAGUUUUUCAAAAGUAUUUGUAAUCUGAUGAUAGUAUUUUUGCUGGUAACGUAACUGAUUACAGUUACCAGUUGUUGUAAUCAGAUUACAUGCAAUCAGCUACUUUUCAACCCUCCUCAGAGGGUUAACAAGCCCAAGACAUGCCCAAUGUGACCACCUCUAUCUCUGCCAUUGCUGAGCCGGAAGAGAGAAGAGCUGUCUAGGGUAGCAAUAGAAAAGUGUUUUUAGAUAGAGAAACGGUUUUGAUAUAUUUGGAUGUUUUUUGCUGUUGUGAAGUGUUGUUUCUCCAGAGCUCUGGUUGCUCUUCUUUCUUAAAAGGACAGUCCACAGUUUUUUAAUGGUGGGUGUCUGUGUUUUUUUAAUAGCGGGUUAUGGCUCUCAUGGGGUGGUAAAUUAAUGUUUGAGAAAAUGAGCAGUGGUCCGCACUGAAUGUCUCACACACGUCCAUAUCGAACACACACUUUUGAAAAGAUACAAACUCUGCGUACACCAGCCACACACUCCCGACAACAUGUAACACACAUGAAGUUCUAUUGGAAAUGUACCUCCAUAUAACUUCAAAGACAAUACAUACACAACACACACCCGUACACUGUACAUACACAGAGGGGCUAUAUGUUGCUCCAUACAGGCACACUGGAACUACACCAAACCCUCUAAGUAUUAUCUAACCAAGAUGGAGGUACAUUGUUUUUGAUCUACAACCGUCACAUUUUGCUGUAUUUGACAUUCCUUAAAUGUUCUUUUCUAUUCUUAUUUGUGAAGUCUUAUUUGUUGUUGUCAAUGAUUUUGAGUGCUGUUUUGCUGCUGCUGCGCUUUAUGUCACUCCUGUCCAAUCCUCAAGCUUGACUGCACCAGACCAGUUGCCAAUAAACAGAUUGUCACACUCCCCACUUAGCACUUUAAGACUGGCUAAUGACAGGCUGGUGACUGCCUGCCAUUUCAAGGCUGCCACUUCAAAUGCAUGUCUGGUGGGUAGUUGGGUACCAAACCCUGGAAAACACAUUGGUUGCCCAUUCUUAGGUUUAAUCCAGUACACCAAAUGAUGAGAGGCAAGUGGAUAGGAGCUAGGGGGUAAGAGAAGGGACUCGCAACACUUUCUGAAAACAGCUAUAACCCUGUGCCUAGUGGCCAAACGAACACUGGGUUGCCUUUCAAAACACCCUCAGACUGAUCAUUCACAUAUGCCAUCCAUUUAACUGCAGUGUCAUUGUUGAACUUUUUGUUGCUUAUUUAAUUGUUUAAUAGUUGAGAUUUAAAGAAGCCUGCUAAUCAGCCCAUAGCUCAGACCGUCCUGUGUUCUGUUAGUGGCGAGUAGGAGAGAUCACUAGUCAAACUCCCAUACUGUCCAGUGUCCACCCCAUGCCAAAAGGCAAUUGAACCAACGCCCUCUCUCUGACGUCUCUUUAAAAGCAGCUGUAGCUACUGCGCUGAUUGACCUGUCACUUUGAAUGUAAUCAAACCUCUCCUUAGGGCCCUUCUGUCUAUGAGCACUACUCUGACUGUGUGCCAUUUGAUGGAGUCAAGAGAAUGAGGGGUUCAGUCUGCAGGGUCCAGUAGCUAGACUUCCUCCCAGGCAUACAGCAGAGCGUAGUCUAGUUCUACCUUGAAACUAUCGUUCAUUAUGUCUUUACCGUUGUCAUUUUGACUCAAUAGUCCAAUAUUGGUCUGAAAUUAUUAUUAUGCCUGAGCUUGCAGCAGCCUGCCCUGGUGCGCUGCUGGAGAACAUUUCUUAUCGUGGCAGGGAUUUCAAGCAGUAAUAUCUCCACACUCACUUUGUGUUUUAAUGGCUUUGUUAUUUAUCCUGACUCUGUGCCAGACUUGCCUACAGUACAUUUUAGCUAGCUAUCUCGUGUGUGUGUGUGUGUGUGUGUGUGUGUGUGUGUGUGUGUGUGUGUGUGUGUGUGUGUGUGUGUGUGUGUGUGUGUGUGUGUGUGUGUGUGUGUGUGUGUGUGUGUGUGUGUGUGUGCGUGUGCGUGUGUGCGUGUGUGUGUGUGUGUAUAAAGGAAAGGAGAUGGGGGAUUUCUCAGAGACCUAUUCUAAUAGUGAUCCUAUAGAAUGACAUAUAGAGCCCUAUAGAAUGAACUAUCUGGCCAUGCUGGAAUGGACAAUGGAGGCUCAGUGGUUUCCAACCACAAAUCCGCUUACAACUACUAAGCUUCACCUUGAUCCCCAGCUGACCCAAUGAAAACAAACAGAUCAUGUACUUGUCCAUCUAACCUAUUUGUCACUGUAGUUCUCUCUGUAGCGUCCAGCUAGUGACCAUUCCCUGGCCAGGGAAAACAUGGAAGGGGUUGACAUUGGCAGUCAGUGACAGAACGCAAAUAAGAGAUGUGUGUUUGUGUAUUAGCGUUUGUUAUUCUGUAACUUGUUGCUAUGCCCUUGCUCCAGGAACCAUGCUUAACCAGAGUUGCAGAAAGGAAUUUAUUCAGUUCUACACAUGGCAAACAAACGCUGCUUGGGAUAAACCGAGGCAACUGUUGUUGUAUUCAGGUGAUAGAAGAGAGACCGAACAGGAAUACCAUUUAGGGUUAGAGCUGUUUUAAAUCUGUGAUGUGAAGGCUGUGUCGGUAUGAGGGGAACUCUGAUGGCUCUUUGCAAUUUUAUGAAUUUCUUAUAGUAUUGUAUGUUCUUAUUACAUUGAAUGUUGUAAUUGUUUUAAUAAAUUGUGUUCAUGCAGGGCUCCCUUGGAUAGAGUCCUUUGUAUUCAAUGGUACUCCCUGUAGAAAUAAAGGUUAAAUCAAAAUAAAUAAAGCCUUGGCAGUAGUUCGGGGAGCUAACGCAAGUUCAGGUCUCAGGCAAGGUUACUCAGCACGCAAGCGUGGUUCCGAAUAACUGUUACACCGGCACCCCAGGCAAGCAAAAUAUCACACUGAUGGAAAGAAAAUAUUGGCUUUGAGGAGCCAGAUGCACCUCUGUGUCGCAUGAUCGCCUAGGGCCAACCUCUCACUGAGAGAUCUGAGUGAAACAAGGCUGUUGUGAAGCUGUCUGGAAGAGUCUCUUACACACAGUGUAUCAGAAGGCUCAUCUCUGAUUCAUCUCCAUGCAUUAUUAUUGAUGUUUACAAAUCAUCAACUUUAACUAGGGUUACAAGGGGAGGGUGCAUUACUGGAAUCUUUUGAAGUUAUCCAGUAAAAUACCAGAAUUUUGGUAUCUUACAAAGAUUUUAUGUACUCUUUCACAAGAUAUCUAAUGGCCCAUUUGGGUAUUUCAGAUAAUAUCGGGUGUCUGUAAUUAUCUCUGGCCCUCUGUGUGGCCUUAUCACAUGUAAAAUAUCUAAAAUAAUGAAUUAAGAAUUAAAUAAGAAUAAAAAUGAUGACAGCUGUAAAACAUUAUCCUAAUUAUAAACCAUCAACUUGGUGAAUACCACACUUUUUUUCUAUGUAUUUGUUAAUGUUUUGGUGUCAAACUGGUGGCAGUUGUGAAAAGUCAAUAAAUGGCAGAGUUGCAGUUAAUUGAAGAUAAUUCCCUUGUUGCUUAGAUUCUUUUUUUCAUUAAUUGGGCUAUUUUCUCUUGAACCUUCUGCUCUAUCUACUAGAAACUCAUGGAUGAUGUGGACACAGAUAUAAUAAAUGAAUGCUAUAUAUGAAUACAUUUUUACAUGGUAUAAACUACCAAAGUUACGAUUGCCAUAUUUUCUGUAAAUUACCAAAAUGACUAAAGAUCCAGUAAGUUUGGUAAAUUACCGGUAACAUUGCAACCCUAACUAACUGUAACUGUUACGCUUGUGAUUGUGAUUGUGACACAGUGAUGGUGCAAAAAAAUAUGAAAUUCAUUUGUAAUAACUUUGUUUAUAUUCCAAUGGACAGAGCAUGCAAGUCUAACCGGAGCAGGGCUAGGAGGUUUCAAUUGUCCAUGUAUACUGUACUUUACUGUACUGCAAUUGACUGUACUUUACUGUAAUUUAGUAUUUAGAGCUCCAAGUAAAAAAAAAGACCAUGAUGGAAAAAUGUCCAAUAUUUCUACUGGCGCUGUGUAUAUUGUGUGCGUAGGGAAAUUCCAUCCAGCUGGAAACAAGAGAGCAGCUAUUAUUAGCAUCUUCAUAUAGUCUGUAGAAGCACUCCUUGAUCAAAUGCAAUGCUUUUGGCAACGGUAGUGGAAUCUUGAUACUGUUCCCAAUGAUUUAUUUAUUUAACGUUUACUUGCUGAUGCAGGUAGGUGGUUGGGUGGAAGGGGGCUCUGUUUGUCUUCUAGCAUGUGUUUAGGGGCGAUAAAGACGACCAACAUCUCUGUAUGGACUGGCAUGCCAGACAUCUCUGUAUGGACUGGCAUGCCAGACAUCUCUGUAUGGACUGGCAUGCCAGACAUCUCUGUAUGGACUGGCAUGCCAGACAUCUCUGUAUGGACUGGCAUGCCAGACAUCUCUGUAUGGACUGGCAUGCCAGACAUCUCUGUAUGGACUGGCAUGCCAGACAUCUCUGUAUGGACUGGCAUGCCAGACAUCUCUGUAUGGACUGGCAUGCCAGACAUCUCUGUAUGGACUGGCAUGCCAGACAUCUCUGUAUGGACUGGCAUGCCAGACAUCUCUGUAUGGACUGGCAUGCCAGACAUCUCGUUAUGGACUGGCAUGCCAGACAUCUCUGUAUGGACUGGCAUGCCAGACAUCUCUGUAUGGACUGGCAUGCCAGACAACAAAGAGAAAGAGUUUGUUUUGGAGGUCACUGCUUAACUUGAUUCCUCCUCCACAGUAUGUUUUUGAUAUCUCUCUCUCUCACUCGCUCGCAUCCUUUUCUGUAGGGUGGAGAUUCACAGCGCCACAACACUGCCUUUAAAAUGGAAACAUUUCAUGGUUUUUAAGUUGUCCUCAGAUUUCCAAGAGGGCUUUGAACAAAGGCUGAGAGGAAAGGGAGAGAGAGAGAGAGUGUGGGUGAUUCAUCAUGACCAAAGUGUUAUUGAAAAGCACAUCUCAUUUUCAGCCUUGGGAUAAAAAAUGUUAUGACUAAAACUUUCCUUUUGAUUUGUCAUUACAGGUUUUUUACACAAAGGUAUUUAAGUUGACUGUUGGUAUAAAAUUAAAUUGUUGUUAAUUCAUUGUUAUUUUUUACCAUGUAAAUAAAGACAUUGUACAUGUACAAAGGA